AUGCCCACAAGCUCCCCAACAAAGACCCCAACAGGAGGUCCAACACCCAGUCCAACGACUUCUCCUUCGGUAACCCCCAGCAAAGCUCCAACUGGAGGACCAACACCAGCACCAUCUGUUUCUCCAUCCGAGAGCCCAAGCAGUCCCCCCACUGAAUGGCCAACUGAUAGCCCCUCUGCAGGUCCAUCGUCAGUUCCUACUGCAUGGCCAACGGAUGCUCCUUCUGCAUCUCCUACCUCUGGGCCCGCAUCGGACAGGUCUGGUCCCACUCCGACAGACUCAUGGCGACAAUUCAAAAAGACUCCUGCCCCCACUGGUACCCCUACAGCCAGUGCAGCACCUACUGUCUGUGAAGAUGGGGUUAUUGCAGUUACUGAGCAUUCUUAUGAUUCUUCGUUGGGUUCCACAGCUGACAACAUCCCAAUCACUGUGGUUAGCAUUGAGAAGGAAAGUACUGUAACUUUCACUGUAGACCAAAGCUUCUACAACGGUGAAGUUCCAGUGCUUGCCAUUCUGCACUUCACUGACAGCAGCUAUGCAUGUGAGACAAGGGCUCCUGCCAGCCCAUACUCGGAUGGUGAUACAAAGGUGCAAUAUACUGCCUCAUGUAGAGGAAGUGAAACUACAACUGUGGCUGUCUAUGUUGGCGACACUGCAGAUGGCUCAGUUCUCUCUAGUGAGGACGAUGCCACUGCCCAUAUUGCUUGCAGGGCUGCUUUAGCUCAGGCAAAUUCUCAAGCCGCCAGUCAACUCGGCGAAUGGUUCUAUGAUGUGCCUUGUACAGAUCCAUGCUCAGAUGAUGGAAACUUCAAUCCAGCUCCUCCCAAGGAAUUUGAACCAACAGCAAGCCCAACCGGCGAGAAGAACUGUGUGGAGGUUGAACCCCAGGCUGUCUGGCAAAGUUGUGAAUAUGAGACUCUGGUGGAGCAUGUGACCGGAAACUCGACACAUGCUGUUUUCAAUAUCAUUCAGACUUUUACGGAAAGCAGCGUUGAGUGGAUGGCUGUGUACUACUCAGAGUAUGGAGAAGAUUCGUGCAGCAAGGUGCUGUCUCCUGUCAACACUGGCAGUGCCGUCGAGCAAAUCACCGCAGAUUGA